UUUUUAGUGCGAAUAAAUACGUGUGUGUGAUGAAGAUAUGUUAGUGUCGUUUGAUGUCGUGUCCUUGUUCACUAAUAUACCAACAAUGUUAGCCUCAAAAAUAGUCAUGAACAAAUGGGACCAAGUUAAACAAAAAACCAAUAUUCCGAAAAAGAAAUUCCAAGAAAUUUUAGAAUUUUGCCUAAAAGACAACAACUAUUUCAUGUUCAACAAAAAACUAUAUUCACAAACGUUUGGAAUGCCUAUGGGCAAUCCUAUUUCCCCAACAAUAGCGGACAUAAUUAUGGACAACCUACUAGACAAUACCAUCUCGGAACUCAAGCAAAAAUACAAUAUCGACAUUAAAUUUAUAGCCAAAUAUGUGGAUGACAUCUUUGCUAUAAUUAAACGCAAUGACGCGAAUAUCAUUCUAGGAAUUCUUAACAAGUAUCACAAUAAACUUCAAUUUACGAUGGAAAUAGAGGAAAAUUCAAAAAUCCCUUUCCUUGACGUUUGUAUACAUAGAGAAAACCACAAUCUUUUACUUGACUGGUAUUCCAAACCAACUUCUUCUGGACGCCUGAUUAAUUAUUACUCAUCGCAACCAACAAAAUAUAAGAUAAAUACAGCAAAAAACCUCAUCCAUAAAAUAUUGACAAUAAGCCACACACGAUUCCACGAAGCUAACAAAGAGAAAAUCAACAAAAUCCUAAUAAACAACAAUUACCCUGUAAACUUAAUACGGGAAUUAAUAAAUCAAGAAGUUAUGAAAACAAGCAUCCAUCCCAAUAAAACACCGAACACAGACACAACAAAAACUACUAAGAAAUUUUACAGUGUAACAUACAUUCCCAACUUAACUGGCAAUUUUGGUCACAGCAUAACGAAAUCACAAAACACAGCACUUGCCUACAAAUCUAAUUACACUCUGUCGUCAAUAUACACAAAAACUAAGUGCUCAGUAGAUAUCCAACAACAAAACAAUGUAGUGUAUGAAAUUAAAUGUAAGGGAAAUGAAAUUGAGGAAUGCGAAAAAGUGUAUAUUGGGACAACUAAGCGGCCUUUAGGUGUUAGACAAAGCUACCACAAAAGAUGGUACAGAUGCGCUGUAUUUAGGUGUUAAUCAAAGUUCGUAAACAUUGUGAGUUUUUUGUCCUCAAAUUGUUGUUUAUAAUUUUUAAUUCCAUAUAUGUAUAUGUAUGUUUGUAUGCUAUAUUCAUUAAUUUUUAAUUACAAUGAGCCUUUGUAUUUUUGGUUUGUGGCAGAUUUAAUAAAGCUGGAUUGCCCCUGAAGAUGCUAAAAAUGUUUUAGCGAAACGUUGGGCCAGAAAGUGGAAUAAUGUAGUUUUAUUCGCACUAAAAACAUAGAUCAGACUAGCCUGGUAACAUAAUAUUUAAAAAAUA